AGUCUGCUUCUGAGUGCAGUCAUCACACCUCCGCCGAAGAGCUCUGCUACCACUGUGGAAAACUAGACGACCUACAGCUGUUCAAGGGAAUCAUGGCAAAGCAUGUUGCAGUUAUUCUGUCAGGUUGUGGAGUCUACGAUGGCACCGAGAUCCACGAGGCCUCUGCUGUUCUCGUCCAUCUGAGUCGUGAAGGAGCAAAAGUGCAGAUGUUUGCUCCAAAUUCAGAUCAGAUGCAUGUUGUAAACCACUGUGAGGGGAAACCUACAGAAGAGAAGAGAAACAUCCUGCAGGAAAGUGCCCGCAUCGCCAGGGGUAAAGUGACUGAUCUGGCCAAGUUGGAUGUCUCAGCAUUUGAUGCUGCCAUCAUCCCAGGGGGCUUCGGUGUAGCUAAGAACCUGAGUGACUGGGCAGUGAAGAAUAAGGACUGCGCCAUACAGCCACAGCUAGAGAAGGUCAUAAAGGACUUCCACAAAGCUGGAAAGCCGCUGGGGAUGUGUUGCAUCGCUCCCGUCCUGGCUGCCAAAAUCCUGCCGGGCUGUGAGCUCACUGUGGGACAAGACAAAGAGUGUGAAAAGUGGCCAUAUGCUCAGACAGCAGAUGCUCUGAAGGAGAUGGGCUGCAAACACGUGAACAAAGAUGUGGAGGAAGCUCACGUCGAUGUCAAAAAUAAGCUGGUGACCACCUCUGCCUUCAUGUGCAACGCUCCCAUUCAUAAAGUUUAUGAUGGAAUAGGCGUCAUGGUUAAAGAGACACUGAAACUGGCUUAACAAGAGUUUUAUUAUAUUAUUGAUGUUUAAUGUGCUUUUUUUCCAUCAAGUUUAUCAAGCUCUCUUACUUUUCUUUAACUUUACUGAUAA